AUGGAAUACGUCACACAUUUACCAAAAGAAGACCCUUCAAUUGCAACUACAUCUACAUAUGGCUUACAGUUUACAUACCCAGUGAAAUAUUAUGAUUUCCAUGUUUACUAUUAUGCACACAACGAUAAAUCAGACAAAGAAGCCAGGGCAUUGUUGAACAAAUUGCUAAACGAUUUCCCAGAAGACUCUGCCAAUGGCUCCAUAAUUGUGAAAAGAUUACCUGAUACAAAAGUUAUUGGACCACAUGCUACUCAAUUUUGGGAAGCUGACGUUUUGAGACCCGAAGUAUUCAUCAAAGUUUUAAGUUGGUUUCAAUUGAAUCACGGAAACUUGUCGGUUUUAAUCCAUCCUCAAACAGGUGAUGAUGUGAAAGAUCACACAUCGAGUGCUUUAUGGUUAGGUGAGAAACUCCCAUUGUUGCUUGACGUUUUUGGUGAACCAGACGGCAAGAUACCUGAAUUUGGUGUUCCUCGAGGGAAAAGGAUUUCACCUGAAAACUUUGAUAGCCACAAGACAACCUUUUAA